AUGGGGAGCUGCAAUUGUAUUCCGAAAAAUCUAGGAGAAGAAGAAUUGUAAACUCAAAAAGGUAGUAAUGAACAUUAAAUUAUCGAUAAAGAGAAACAAUAAGAAACAGAAUCAUUAACUCAUGAGGACAAUAAACCAGCUAAUGAUGAAUAUCAAGAUCUUGUUUAGAAAACAAAAGGAAUUCGAUAAAAACUUCCUAGAAUCAACAUGGCUAAUGGAGGUUAUUAUGAAGGCGAAUGGUUCAAUUGUAAAAGGGAUGGCUUCGGCUUGCAUUUUUGGGCUGAUGGUGGCUAUUACGAAGGGGAAUGGAAAAAUGAUAAAGCAGAGGGCAAAGGGAAAUUAGUUCAUGGAGAUGGAGAUACUUAUGAGGGAUAAUGGAUAAAUGACACGGCUAAUGGAGAAGGAAUUUAUGUCCAUUCUGGAGGUGCAAGAUAUGAGGGAGAAUGGAUGAAUGAUCUCUUACAUGGCAAGGGAGUUGAAAGUUGGCCUGAUGGUUCCAAAUAUGAAGGUAUGUAUACUUUUGGGAAAAAGAAUGGAAAGGGAAAACUCUAAUUCGCAGACAACAGUAUUUAUGAAGGAGAUUUUAUGGAUAAUGAAAUAAAUGGAUUUGGUAAAUACACUUGGUAUGAUGGAAAAAUCUAUAAUGGAAAUUGGUUAAAUAAUAAGAUUAAUGGUUAUGGCGAAACAAUUUGGCCUGAUGGAAAGAGUUAUAAAGGAUAGUAUUUAGAUGAUAAAAAACACGGUUAAGGAGUUUUUUAUUGGAAUAACGGUAGAACAUAUGAUGGAGAGUGGGUGAUGGGAAAAUAACAUGGAAAAGGUGUAGUCAUUACUGAAACUGGAGAAAGAAUGCUUGGGAUCUGGGAAAAUGGUCGAAAAAUUAAAAUUGACUCAAGAUAAUUAUUAAACAGCCGACAGCAGACACUCGCCCCCACCGCCCCCCUAUCAUAUUCUUUCCCUUACUUUUGA